GCUGACGUCAUUAGCCCCGCUCCGCCUGGGGCCGGCGCCGGCUGCGUCUGGCUGACGUGAUCCGGGCGCGCCUCCGCGCCGCCGCUGCUGACUACGCGGCGACCCAGCGCAGACAUGUGUCAGGUUGGCGAGGACUACGGGGACCCGGUGCCAGAGGGGCCGCCGCCACCGCGGCCUGGCCGUGAGCUCAGAUGUGUGAAGUGCAAGGAUGGCCUACCGGUUGUGGUGAUCCGAGCCGGAGACGCCUUCUGCAGGGACUGUUUCAGGGCCUUUUAUGUCCACAAGUUCAGAGCCGUGCUUGGGAAGAAUCGGUUGAUCUUUCCGGGAGAGAAGGUGCUCCUGGCGUGGUCUGGGGGGCCUUCAUCAAGCUCCAUGGUCUGGCAGGUCCUUGAGGGCCUGAGUCGAGAUUCUGCCAAAAGACUGCGUUUUGUGCCAGGGGUCGUGUACGUUGAUGAGGGAGCAGCUUGUGGCCAGAGCUGGGAGAAUAGAGCAAAAACCCUGGCUGAAGUAAAGCUGAUCCUCCGGAGCUUUGGCUUCCCGUGGCACAUCGUUGCCUUGGAAGAGGUGUUCACCCUGCCGCCGUCUGUGCUGCGCUGCUCUGCCCAGGAGCCAGUGGGGACUGAAGGGACCUACAAGGUAGCUGUGGAUAGUUUCCUCCAGCAGCAGCAUACGGUGGGGGGCAGCCCCAGCCCCACACAGCAGGAGGAGCAGCUGAGCCAGCCCUGCACCCAGGACCCCCAGGACCCAGCUGGGCCACCCCCAGCUGCCCACAUAGAGGCUCUCUCCCGACUGUUUGACUCUGUGAAGACGCUGACAGCCAAAGAGGAGCUUCUACAGACCCUGCGGGGCCACCUGCUCCUCCACGUGGCCCGGACCCACGGCUACUCCAAGGUGAUGACAGGAGACAGCUGUACUCGCUUGGCCAUCAAGCUCAUGACCAGCUUGGCGCUGGGGAGAGGGGCCUUCCUCGCCUGGGACACGGGCUUCUCUGACGAGCGGCAUGGUGACGUGGUGGUGGUGCGGCCCAUGCGUGAGCACACACUGAAGGAGGUCGCCUUCUACAACCGCCUCUUCGCAGUCCCAUCCAUCUUCACGCCGGCCAUUGACACAAAGGCCCCUGAAAAGGCCAGCAUCCACCGGUUGAUGGAGGGCUUCCUGCUCCGGCUGCAGGCUCAGUUCCCCUCCACAGUCAGCACUGUGUACAGGACCAGUGAGAAGCUGGUCAAGGCUCCCAGGGACGGCUGUGCUGCUGGCCCCCGCUGCCUGCUCUGUAUGUGCUCGCUGGAUGUCGACACUGCUGGUCUGUGUGGAUGGGGAGGGGCUAUGACCAGUGGGAGCUGGGGGCGCAGCUGCAGGAGGACCCUCAGCCUAUCUCUGCUUGCAGACAGUGCCACCGCUUUUGGGGCUCAGACCCAGGAUUUUUCCCAGACACAGCCCUCCACCCCACUGGCUGAGGCUGGGGCAGCCCCCAUGCCCUGCUGUUCUGCAGAAGUGGGCAGGGCCCAGAAGUGCUGCCAGAGUACCCUGCUGUGCAGAAGGGAGGACUCCCAGGUCAUCGAGCAGCUGUGCUAUGGCUGCCGUGUGAAUAUGAAGGAUGUGCCAUCUUUGGAUUCUUUGCCACCUUACAUCUUGGCUGAGGCCCAGUUCCGCAGCCAAAGGCCCUCGCAGGAUAUCCAGGAGUAUCUGGUUGAGAACAGUGACGAGGAGGUGCACACCACUGGGAGCUGAGCCUGGGGCCACCCCAAGCAGGAGGGCAAGGAUGGGCAAGCAGCAUGUGAUUGUAUAAAUAAAAACA